CAAUCAAGGUCUGCAAUCAUAGUUCUUUCGACAAACUUUGCUUCUUCAAGUUGGUGUUUGCGAGAACUUACUCAUAUUGUUCGUUGCAUGGAAGAGAAAAAGAGAAUUUUUCCCAUUUUUUAUGGCGUGGAACCUUCUGAUGUACGCCAUCAACGAGGGAGUUUUGGCGAAGCCUUUGCAGAGCAUGAGGUAAAUUAUCAAGAACACAUGGAGGAGGUAAAUGAGUGGAGAAAGUCGUUAGAAAGGGUGGCUAAUCUCGCUGGGUGGAAUUCAAAGGAUUGUAGGUAUGAUACAGAGCUUAUCCAACGAAUCGUCAAUACACUAUGGGAGGAAGUGCAUCCUCCGUUUUCAAUGUUAGAUUGCUCAGAGAGGUUUGUCGGAAUCGAUUCUAAACUGAAGGAAAUAGAUUUGCUUUUAGAUACAGAUGCAAAUGAUGUUCGCUUUAUAGGGAUAUGGGGGAUGGGUGGAGUGGGUAAGACAACCCUAGCUAGAUUAGUUUACGAUAGAAUUUCUCAUGAUUUUGAAGGUAGCAGCUUUCUUGCUAAUGUUAGAGAGGUGUGCUCUAAGGAUGGUAUAGCUCAUCUACUAAAGCAGCUUCUUCCUGAUAUCUUAGGGGACAAUGACAUACAAGUUUGGAAUGCUUAUAGUGGAAUCACCAGGAUAAGUAAGUGUUUAUUUAAUAAAAAGGUUCUUCUCAUACUCGACGAUGUGGAUCAAUCAGACCAACUGGAAAAGUUGGUCAAACAAAAAGAGUGGUUUGGUUUCGGGAGUAGAAUUGUCAUUACAACUAGAAAUGAACGUUUGUUAGUCGAACAUGGUAUAGAGAAGGUAUAUGAGGUUAAGCCAUUAACCCAAGACGAAGCUCUUUUUCUCUUUAGUCGGAAAGCCUUUAAAGAUGAUGAGUUGGAAGAAGAUUUUUUAAAAUUGUCUAAAUGUUUCAUCAGUUAUGCAAGUGGUCUUCCAUUAUCUCUUAAAACUUUAGGGUCUUUUUUGUACAAAAGAGGUCGAGCUGAAUGGAAGAGUGCACUAGAUAAACUGAAGCAAGCUCCUGAUAGGAAAAUUUUUGAAACAUUGAAAGUAAGUUAUGAUGGACUAGAUGAGUUUGAGAAGAGAAUCUUCCUUGACAUUGCAUGUUUCCAUAAGUCUUGUGAAAAGGAGCAAGUAAUUGAAGGACUAGAAAACUGUGGCUUUGUUGGCGCUCGCAUUGUGAUCGAUGUUCUUAUUGAGAAAUCUCUCUUGUAUAUUUCACACAAGUCUGUGUCUAUGCAUGAUUUGAUACAAGAAAUGACAUGGGAGAUUGUUCGACGAGAGUCUUACCAUGAGCCAGGUGGUCGUAGUUGGUUGUGGCUUCGUAAUGAUAUCCUGCACGUGCUCACAAAGAAUACGGGAUCAGAGGCAAUUGAAGCCAUAGUCUUAUGCUUGAGUGAAUUUGAAGAGGCACACUGGAAUCCUGAAGCAUUCACUAAGAUGUGUAAGCUGAGGUUGCUCGACAUUCAUAAUGUGAGCCUUUCUAAGGGCCCCAAGUAUCUUCCGAAUGCUUUGAGAGUUCUCAAAUGGAGCUGGUAUCCCUCCAAAAGUCCACCACCAAUUUUUCAACUGGAUGAACUUACAAUACUUAGUCUGCAGCAUAGCAAAAUCGAUCACCUUUGGGAUGGAAUAAAGCGCUUGGGCAAGUUGAAGUCUAUCGAUCUUAGUUACUCCGACAACUUGACAAGGACCCCAGAUUUCACAGGUAUUCAAAAUCUCGAGAAGCUGGUUCUUGAAGGUUGUACAAAUUUAGUUAAGAUUCAUUCAUCCAUUGCGUUUCUGAGAAGGCUUAGACUUUUAAAUCUUAAAGACUGUAAAAGUGUGAAGAGUCUCCCAAACAAGGUAGAAAUGGAAUUUCUUGAAGUAUUUGAUAUUUCUGGCUGCUCAAAACUGAAAAAGAUUCCAGAAUUUGUUGGAGAAAUGAAAAUUUUCUCUAAGCUUUCUUUAAGCGGAACUGGCGUUCGGGAAAUACCUUACUCAGUUAUACGUAGGAGUUUGGAGGAGAUUGAUUUAAGUGGAAUUGCUUUGAGAGAGACGGAAUCCUCCCUGGUUUCAGUGAAAAAUUUGGUAGCAUCAAAUUUUCUUGGAUGCAAUGCAGCACCAGAUAGAUCAUGGCGUUCCUUCUUCACUUCUAGCGAAUUUCCAGCAAAGAUUUCUCACCCUGCGAGUGUGGUCUUAGCUUCGUUGAAAGAUUUAUGCUUUCUGAAGGAAUUAAAUCUGGAGGAGUGCAAUCUUUGUGAAGGAGCAAUUCCUGAUGAUAUUGGUUUCUUGUCCUCUUUAGAAAGACUAAAUCUUAGCGGAAACCAUAUGGUUAGCCUUCCUGCAAGCAUUGGUGGGCUUUCUAAGCUGAGGGAUUUAAAUCUGGAGAACUGCAAUCCUUGUGAAGGAGCAAUUCCCGAUGAUAUUGGUUUCUUGUCCUCGUUAGCAAUUCUAAAUCUUAGCGGAAACCAUUUUGUUAGCCUUCCUACAAGCAUCAGUGGACUUUUUAAGCUGUUGUACUUUGAUUUGCGAAAUUGCAAAAGGCUUCAACAACUGCCUGCCAUUCCAUUAAACAGCUAUUUAAGUAUAAACACGGAGAAUUGUACUUCCUUAAAAAUGCUCCAAGAUUUACCACAUGCUUGCAGUUUAAGGAGUUUUUGGUUGACUGCUGAGCUCCCUCAUUUUGAGGAAUAUUUGAAUAUAGUAAUUCCUGGAAGUGAAAUUCCCGAGUGGUUCAAUAACCAAAGCAUGGGAGAUUCGGUGAUUGAGAAGCUACCUUCGCCCUCAUGCAAUAGCAAGGUGGUGGGAUGCUGUCGGAAGCAAGACAUGCUUGAAGGUGAACAAGUGCGGAGUCCUUCCAGUGUAUGA